ACGACCCUUUUGAGAUACAUUUCCACUUUCAGGCAGUUCUAUUUAACAAUUGUAUCGUCAACCGCGCCACUUUUAUUUUAUAGUAAUUGUGGCAUCUCGAAAACGCAUACAGCACGAACAUCAGGCAUAUUGAAGAGCAACGUUAAAAAUAAGCGCAAACUCUCUUAAAGAUGCACAUUUCCAAGCCCAUAGAGCCCGAAAUUUCUGACCAUUACUUCGACCUGGGUGUGAAUCGGCGUGCUACAGCAGCAGAUGUGAAGAAGGCUUUCCACAUGCUAGCGCUACGACACCACCCAGACAAGAAAGCGCCGGGUAAGACGAUAGAUGCCGUCGAGUUCAGACAGGUACGAGAAGCGUUCGAAGUACUGAGAAACUCCACGACACGAAGCGAGUAUGAUACACGGUACAAUGAAGUACAAGAAGAGUGGAAUGAGUACCGCAGCAAUCUUGCUGAGUAUGUGCUUCAAGAAGAGCGAGAACGUCUUGAGGCAAAUAAUGAGCGAGUGCGUAUACUAGAGGAAGAACGACGACUUGCAGAAGCGAGACAGCGCGAAGCAAAAGAGGAAGCUCGUGCCAAAGUGGAGCGUACUGCUCGACAAGAGAAAGAACGACUCGCGGAAGAGCGAUCACGUCAAGCAGCAGAACGAGCACAAAAAGAACUAGAAAAGGUGGCCGAAGAACGCCUCCGCCAAUGGGAAGAAGAUCAGGGGGCCAAACUAAAGCAGCAUUGCGAACAGCUCCAGAGGCAGGCGGAGAAGAAGAAUAUGAUGGAGGAGAUGAUGAUGAUGGAGGAAGACAUGCUGAUUAUGGAGGAGGACAUGAUGAGUAUGGAGGAGGACAUGAUGAGUAUGGAGGAGGACAUGAUGAUUAUGGAGAGGGAGAUGAAUGUGAUGGAGGAGAACAUGAAUAUGAUGGAGGAGGACAUGAUGAUGAAUAAGAAGAUGAUGAUGAAUGAGAAGAGGAAGAUGAUGGAGAAGAAGAAAAUGAUAGAGAAGAAGAAGAUGGAGAGGAAGAAGAAGGCGGAGAAGAGGGGCAGGGGCCAGGGGAAGAGAAGAGCGAAUAAAUAAGUGUUGCAAGGCGCAGAGGAUAACCAAGGCUGUCCGCAUGCAGACAUCACGCACGAUUACAAAACGCGCAGUCGAAGAUAAAUAAUAGCAAGUCAACAAGCCACCUAGUCAUGCCAGUCAAAAAACCCUAGUGUGCCGUGACUGUCGUAAACAAGAUA